UGCCUAAUCAAACUUCCUACAGCCCAAAGUGACAUCUUGAAAUUGUGUAAUUUGAGAGUCCAUCAACCUAAAACUCAAAGAUAUAUUAUAAACCAUCAUAAGUGACAAAGAAAAGCAGCAACUUCUCACAUUUGAGAAGCGAAAACCAGAAAAGUUUUGACGUUUUUGCUUGAAAAAUGGCUAAAUCAAUCAGUUGUAAGAAAAGUUGACAAUUUUCUUUCGACUGUCUAAUCAGCUACUCAUUGCAGCCUUAAAACAUAUGUAUAAUGUCUUCAUUGGCUCUGGAGGAGCUUUGUAAAGUCUAAGAGAAUAUUUUGCGAGUCCACCAAGUUUAAGACAGUCAGAGCUGUAUUCCAACCGACCUGGCAACCUCAUUUGUGGCGCGUCAGUGAGUGACGCAAAAACUGGACUGGAUCUCGGCAGGAUGGAUCUGGAUCAUUUACUCCCUCAACAAAAAUACCCCAUGGUUGCAGACACACUAUUUAAAAGAGAAAGUCCUCAAAACUACAAUAUAUUUUACCUAUUACCUGAACACCUUUCAAAUCUGACAAGUUUGACUGCCACAAUGAAAUAUUUGGCUCUGGCUGUGCUGCUAUCCAGUCUACUGUCACUGUCAAAUGCUGCUUGCUACGUAAAGCGAGUGGAACCUGGCUUGACACAUUGUCUGGACGAAGUGGAUAAGACAUGGCAUGCAGUAGGAUCUACAUGGAGAAACAGUAAUUGUUUGGACUGUACUUGCAGUGGAUGUUGUGAUUCCUUCUUCAGCCCUACCGUCUUCCCGGAUGACUGUGUGGCAGUGUUGGACCUUGAGGCAUGUGAAUACAUUGUGCACAAGAAGGAUGACCCAUCUGUAAUAUGUCCAGUUCGUGUUAAAAAAGGGAAAUGAUGGAGUCAUUGUUUUGAAACGUGCAAAGGAUUUUCUUUUUUUUCUUUGAAAUGCUGGGAGAGAGACAGACAUGCAACCUUGAUCCCUCACUGGCUUCCCACCAGCAAACACUGCUGUAUUGUUGGAACACAUGACCAAGCAGUAUGCACAGCACCUGGAAAUGUAAAUCUGCUACGAAUAAAAUUUUAAAUAAGAUUCGUAAAUUUGUUCACCAAUUCCAAUUUUUUUAUUUUUUAUUUUUAUGGCAUAACUACUUUUCACAAGUCAUAGUUGAGGAAUUAAUCUAUAUCUAUUACAUUGCCUUUUGAAACUGGAGAGGAUUUAAUAUAACAUUUUUCCGGAAUAGUACAAUAGACUGCAUUCAAAUUUUAUAUGGGUCCGGUCUUUGUCAAUUUGUCUUUCCCAGUAUCCUAAAUAAGCUAUGUUGAUUAGUGCCUUCAUAUAGACCACAAGUUGCAGUAAUUUGUAUAUUAUUUUACAGUGCAUUUUAUCAUGUCACCAUUGCUUAUUUGCUGUUUGUUUGUACUUAUUAGUACCUUAACUUUUUUUUGUAGAAAAUAACUAAUGUAUCUCUACUGCCAGUGUCAAAGACUAGGUGCAUUGGCAAAACACAACUAUCAAGACAAGUUUUCAUAUUACAGAGACAAAGGAACAAACGGACCUUUCCUGUUAUAUAUAUAAAGGUCGGUUCGUUCCUGAUAUUUCAGUCUGCACCAAAGAGGUGGACUGACCCACAGACAGACCAACAUUGUCAAUCGCUAGAGCCACGCAGCUAUCAUAGCUAAAGAUCAGGUUAUUUUAGCUCAACCGGCAGUUUUAAAUAAUAAAAUCUUCUGCUCAGUGUCUAUUCAAACAAUAAUGCAGAUUCUACCACCAUCUGCACGCAUCUGUGUUAACUUACGUUUUGCUGGUCAGAGAGUCAGUAUGUGGAGGAAAGAUCUGCUGAAGAUCCAUCAAAAAAAUCAAACAAACCAAAGGUUCUGGUGAGGUCAUUUCAUUUAUUUCAAUGCUUUCCAUUCCUUUCUUAAAAGGGGGGUUCCGCAUUUUGUAUGGUCCAUCACCACUAUAUUUUGAAUAUUUUUCAAAUUUCAUUCUGAUGAUUCAUUCUGAUGGUUUAUUAUGUAUAAUUUUAGUGUAUUAUUCAUAAAGAUUCCCAUUUAUCAUUCUAGUAAAUUGAUGUUUUUUGCAGAGUAAAAGCAUAAUUACAAUUCAGAUACAUGGCAAAUAAUUAAAUACCUAUGUGAAAAUCUGUUUUUUUUUUUCAGUCAUGCUUUUCAAAAUGAGUUUUUGGCCCAUGAAGGGUUCAAAAUCAUUAUUGUUGGCAUUAUUUCCAUGUCUGUUCUGAAUAUUUAUUCUGGUCCUCCAUGUGAUAAAGAUUCAUUUAUGCUUUAUUUUCGGUGCCAAAUGGGAGAUCGAAAGUUUUAAUUAUAAUACUCUGCACCAUGUUGGCGUGUUUGUUGCAUGAUAUAAAUAUGGGUAGGGGCUCUUUCGAUGAGCUGCAGCCUGCAGAAAUACUACUAAGUUGUAUUUUCAACAUGAGUGAAUGUGGCGUUCCAGAU